CCACAGAUCUCUUUGUAAAGAAAACGCACCCUAUUCCUUCAUAUAUGCCAUCCUUUGUUCUUGAAUCUCUUCAAAAAUCUAUAGCAGCUUAGAGAGAGAGAUAUAAGCAACUAGAGAUAGAAAGAGAGAGAAAGAUAAGAGAGAGAGAAUGUUCCCUUCCAAGAAGCCUACUAUGAAUUCCCAUGAAGGGCCUCUGUCAUGCGUUCAAGGCGACUCGGGCCUCGUCCUUACGACCGAUCCUAAACCUCGUCUCCGGUGGACCGUCGAGCUCCACGACCGCUUCGUCGAUGCCGUCACCCAACUCGGCGGCCCCGACAAGGCCACACCGAAGACAAUUAUGAGGGUUAUGGGGGUAAAGGGUCUUACACUCUAUCACCUUAAAAGCCAUCUUCAGAAAUUUAGGCUUGGGAAGCAGCCACACAAGGAUUUCAACGAUCAUUCCAAGGAUGCUUUAGAUAUGCAAAGAAUUGGUGCAUCAUCUUCUGGGACUAUGGGUCGAACUAUGACAGACAGAAACGCACAGACAGCAGAAGCACUCAGGAUGCAGCUGGAGGUCCAAAGAAGACUCCAUGAACAACUAGAGGUACAAAAAAGCCUUCAAAUGAGAAUUGAAGCUCAAGGAAAAUACAUGCAAUCCAUCUUAGAAAAAGCAUGCCAAACCCUAGCUGCAUGUGAGAACCUGCAACCAUCAGCAGAUGCCUACAAAGCAGCUUUCAGCGGCCAUGGAUCCGUUCAAAUAGACUUAAUGAAGGAGAUGACAUCCCCCAUGGCCGUGAGCUUCCACUCCUUUCAAGAUCUCAAUGUCUUCACCAACAACAAUCAGCUUGAUCACAUGAACGAUCAAGAUGACACUUUUUUCAGAUCAAACAAUGAUGAUAAUAAUAAUAUGUUCAUGGGGAAGAAAAAGCAGCACGAAUUUUACAGCAUUAAUCAGAGUGGGAAGAGUGCUAUGAUUUGGGGUGAUGAAGAAGAUUAUCAGUUUGGAUCAGGACAGGAGGAGAAUUGUAACUGCAAGUCUGAACAGAUGCAUGAGAUUUCUGCAUCUGUUAUUAACGGAAGCUUGGAUGUGGAGUCCAUGAUGGAGGUAUAUGAAGCAAAGCCUAGGGUUUCAGGUGAGGAAUGCAGAAAAGCUCCUGUUUUGACGAAGGAGAUGUUGAGUCCAGUGAUUAGAGGAAGUGGAUUAAGCAGAGGAAGGAAUUUGUCUUAUGGCUGAUAGGGUGAGCUUAAUUAACUCUCUCUCUCUCUUUUUUUUUCCUUUUUGCAUGCAAAAAUAUGAUAUGAUGAUGAAGAUUAUCAUGUUUAAAUAAGUGACUUUUGGGAGUGAGAACUGUGCUGAGCAAUGCUUGCUAGCUUUGAUCAAUCGAAUCAAGAUUGAAUUUUUUUUUUUUCA